UGCAGUACCCAAGUUGAGAGAUUGCUUACUAGCAUGUCACAGCAUUAGCUAGAUACGAGACAAAAUGGGAUUUUCUCCUUUGUCUAUCUAUCACACUCCCUCUCUCCGCCGAGAGUCGGCCCUACCUGCCAUUGAUGUUUCCAGUCUGCCUUUGUUUCACGAUUCCGCAUGGACUCAUCCAGCACAGAAUCCGGGGAAUAGUCAGGGGUACCCGGAGCAUUGCUGCCCAAGGUGCCGCUACUCUCCCCGAUAGCACUGGUUUUAUACCGGACGCCGAGCCGAAUGGGUGGCGGAUGAGCACAAUACCUAGGUGUCGUAUGCUAACUUCCAAGAGCUCCAUGGUGGUCAUCAAAGCAUGGUACCUGAAAAAUGGAACCCGUAACCGAAUUGUGAUGAAGUUUCAAAGUGGUAGACAUUCUUUCUGUCUACCUACCAUAAAAGCCGCUCAGGAGAUAACAACUUGUCAGAAUACUGUUGUCGUUCACCCUGCGGCUCUGCUGCGCCUUUGCACCGCCGAGCACAAAAGGAUUAAGCUUUCGAUAUACAUAGCCGAUCCCAGCUUACACAGUGGGCAUAGUUUGUCGGCAUCUUCCCAUAGGUUACGGGUCCCGUCCCCCAUUGAAAACAGUCCAACCGCAGGCAUUUCCUUGCCAUCGUCCCGCAGCUCUGGGAACGGGCAAAAACGACAUCUCCCAUUGACAGAUACAUAUAUCUCGCCAUCGUCCUCCCCACACACCAAACAGCAUCCGUCCUCUACUGGUCCAUGCCCCGAUUGGAAUUUGGGUCCUCGCCAAUCCUGUGCUGAAGCCUGGGCCCAAUUCACAUCAGACAUACCUAUCAUGACCAGCAACCGAAGGCCAUUUCAGUCUCCUAGCCGGAGGUUUCUUCUUUGGGUAUUGACACCCUGACUCACUCUCACUUGUGCUCUUGUUGGUAGUGUACCACUUGUUCACUCCGAGAUCCAAGAUCUUUUACCACUGGCGUCGUCAUAGCGGCAUUCGUACCCCACAGCUACGGCGAACCACUUA